GAGAUGGAGCUUUCUGCCUCCGGCUGCUCCAGGUUCCGCAUCGACUCCCUGCUCUCCCUCAGGCCGCCCGGCGGGCUCCUCUCCCGGGCAGACCCUCCGGAGCUCAGCCCGGGCGGCAGCAGCGGCUGCUCGGCGCCUCCUUCCCCGCGGAGAGAGCUUGUUCCCCGGCUGCAGUCUGCUCUGCUGCCCCGCACAGUCGGCUCCUCUUUUCUGAUCCGGGAUAUCUUAGCGGACUGUCGGCCCUACUCUCACCCGGGACAGGUCCACUCUGACCCGGGACAGCCUGGGCUGGAACCCGAGCCGUUCCAGUCCGGACCGGAAGAAGACUUUCAGGAUAAAAGCAGCUCCUCUUCAGACAGCGAGAGUAGAGGGCAGGGCGGGGCCUCGGACCCAGCGGAGGCUCGUCUGAAAAAACCUCGUAAAGCACGGACGGCGUUCAGCGACCAGCAGCUGGCCCGGCUGGAGAGGAGCUUCCAGAAGCAGAAGUACCUGAGCGUCCAGGACCGCAUGGAGCUGGCUGCGUCCCUGCAGCUCAGCGACACCCAGGUCAAGACCUGGUACCAGAACAGGAGGACCAAGUGGAAGCGGCAGUCCGCCGUCGGUUUGGAGCUGCUGGCUGAAGCCGGCAGGAUGUUCCUGCCCUCGCACUACCUGUACCCUCCUGCCCCGCCCACACUGGACCUGUACCUGUACAGAGGCCACGCCCCCCACCACCACCACCGAGAGGUCCGUCUGUCCCGCUUCGAGUUCUCCAACGGGUUGGAGGGAGGAGACGCCAAGAAGAAGAAGAAGAAGAAGAAGAAGUUUGGUGCGUCAGGAGAGGAAGAGGAGGAGGAGUAA